AUGCACCUCAGUCGUGGACUGUUUUCACACCAGUACGGUUUAAAAGUUAAAAAAAAAGGUAUUUUAAUAAAUACAUUUCUGAUUUCUUUAGCAAAAAGCGGCUUAGAACCAUUGGAAACAACAAAAGCUGUUGAGCACAUUCUCGAAAACUGUCCAAACCUAGAUUUCCAGGGACUGAUGACCAUAGGGCAGUAUGACUAUGAUAUUACCAAAGGACCAAAUCCUGACUUUCUGUGCCUAAUAAAAUGCAGGCAAGAAGUGUGUGAGAAGUUGAAUUUGGAUAUCAAAGAUGUUGAGUUAUCAAUGGGAAUGUCUUCGGAUUUUGCACAUGCUAUUGAAUUAGGCGCAACUACAGUUCGGGUUGGUUCUACUAUUUUUGGAGCAAGGCCGCCGAAAAAUUCAUAAAUCACGUUGCUUAGAAGUUACUUUAAAGUUAUUUAUAGGUUAUUGAAAUUUUAAACCAUUAAUUUGUAAAAUGUAUGUAAUGUUUCUAUAAAAGGGCUUCCAAAAUAAAUAAGAUUUUA